AUGAUAAACGCCAUCACUGCCCAGAGUGCAACAAGCGUUUCCAGCAACUUAUGGAUCUUCGAAUUCACCAAAGGUUUCACACGGGAGAAAAGCCAUACCUGUGCCCGCAGUGCCGGAAGGUCUUUACUACAUCCGGAGCGUUACGAGUUCACCUUCGAACCCACGCUGGUGAAAAAACCCCACGAGUGCAAAGAGUUAAAGUUCACAGACAUGUCCGUUCAGAAGAGAGGCCUUCCAUCGAAGCUUUCAGCGCUCUGUCAACUUAAACAGCACCAGCAGCGCCACAAAGGCAAGAAGCACCAUCGCUGUACCGAGUGCGGAAAGGCCUUUGCACAUUUGUAUUUGCUGAGGAGUCAUCGGCGUGGACACUCGGAGGAGAGACCGCACUCCUGCACUGAAUGUGGAGAGGGCUUCCCGCGGUCAUUUGACCUGAAAAUGCACGUGAACACUCACAGUGAAGCGCGGCCUAAUCUUUCCUCCGAGUGUGGGAAGAGCUUCCGAGAGCUCAGAAUGCAUUUGAGAGUCCAUACGGGAGAGAAGCCUUAUCCCUGCUCCGUCUGCGGCAUGGGCUUCAAACACACGUCCCAGCUCAGAGUGCUCGAGCACACUCACGCAGGAGAGAGGCCACUGUAG